UUCCAUAUCCAACCUAACCAACUACCCCCAUACGGUACAAUAGGCGAGAAAUGACAAAUUGUGUGACUUGGGUAAUGGGUUUUACUAGGGCUUUGUAAACGUGAAAACUCCCCUCCGUCGGACCGAUCGACCGUCCUUUUCUCUCUCCACCGUCCGAUUCCGGUAUUCAAUUCAUCUAUCUCAAUGAACACGGCGAGAUCGAACUCCCUCAGCAAGCUCCGGCUGCUGAAUCACUUGCUGCAGUCGACGCCUGUUGUUACCUGCAGAGCCGUCUCCACUCUCUCUUCGCCGAUUCUAAAGCAGUCCUCUCUUCUAUCCGGUCAAAUCCCUCCACGUCAGCUCUCCCCGUUCUUCACAUCGGUCCGCCAUUUUCGCAAUGCUCGUGACCCUAGUGUGAGAUAUGAAAUUCCGCCACCUGUUAAUUGGGGAGUACGAAUUGUGCCUGAGAAAAAGGCAUAUGUUAUUGAGCGGUUUGGGAAGUAUGCUAAGACAUUGACUCCUGGAAUUCAUGUGUUGAUUCCUUUUGUCGAUAAAAUUGCUUAUGUUCACUCUCUCAAAGAAGAGGCUAUUCCUAUACCUGAUCAAUCUGCCAUCACCAAGGACAAUGUCAGCAUUUUGAUUGAUGGUGUUCUUUAUGUCAAGAUUGUGGACCCUAAAUUGGCCUCGUAUGGGGUUGAGAAUCCACUCUAUGCGGUAAUUCAGCUAGCACAAACAACUAUGCGCAGUGAGCUUGGUAAGAUCACACUGGACAAGACCUUUGAGGAAAGGGACACUUUGAAUGAAAAGAUAGUGAUGGCUAUUAACGAGGCUGCAAAAGAUUGGGGCUUGAAAUGUCUUCGAUAUGAAAUAAGGGAUAUAUCUCCUCCUCGCGGAGUUAGAGCUGCUAUGGAGAUGCAGGCUGAAGCAGAACGUAAAAAAAGGGCGCAAGUUUUGGAGUCAGAAGGAGAAAGGCAGGCAAAUAUUAAUAUUGCAGACGGAAGGAAGAGUUCGGUGAUCCUUGCCUCAGAAGCUGCAAAAAUGGACCAAGUCAAUAGAGCGCUAGGUGAAGCAGAAGCAAUCCUAGCCAGGGCACAAGCUACAGCAAAAGGAAUUGCAAUGGUGUCAGAAACCCUUAAAGAGCAUGGCGGUGCAGAGGCAGCAAGUUUGAGGAUUGCAGAGCAGUAUAUCCAAGCCUUCAGUAAUAUUGCAAAGGAGGGAACAACACUGUUGCUUCCUACAAAUGCUUCUGAUCCUGCUAGCAUGAUGUCUCAAGCUCUUGCCGUAUAUAAAAACGUAGUGGGAAAGAAUCUUGGCACUCAGCUUCCUGUGACCUCUCAAUCCAAGUUGACCAAAAACACCAAGCAGAGUGAUUCAUCUGCAGUAAGCGGCGAUGACAGCUCUCUUACUGUACAUUCUGCUGAUGAUGAUCGUCUGAGUGAUCCCAUUUUCUCGCUGCAAAGCCACAAAAAGGAUGACUGAAUUUUCUUAGCUUUGUGGAGUAACUAGCCUUACAUGCAUCGAAUUCCUGAGUAGAUAAUUUGGCAAUGAUAAAGAGUGCCUAUUCUUUUGGCAUAGAGCUCUGACUUGCAUGCAUCAUUUUGGUGAUAAAACUCUUUUUUUCUGAGGAUGGCUGCUGAGUUCCGGAUGAGGCUUCUUGGAAAGUAGAAAAAUGGUAAAAAAUUGAAAUGGAAAAAGUGGUAGUUAGGGGGCAUUAUACUUGAUUGACUCUCCUUCAAAUUUUGAAGGAUGAAGCAUUUCCAGAGGUUUAUUGUUUUGGAGAACUUCAAAGCGUGUGGGAAACAUGUACUUUUCAGUCGCCACUUUUAUAUGCUGUUUUU